GAAGGCGCAGGCACCCUCCCCAGCUCGCUCGCUCUCCAGUCUCCGCCUCGUCCAGGGCUCCCGUGUGUGCGAGGCCGGGCUGCGGGCGGCGUGGGCGGGUCUCCGGGGCGGCCGUGGGGGGGGGGGGUCCCGCUGGCGCGGGCGGCUCGCUGCCGGGUCCCCCCGGGGAGGCGCGGAGCCCGCCAGACCAGCGGAUGAUGGCAGCUGCGCAGGACGACGCGGGCCCAUCACGUGGGUGAGCCCUCCCCGCCCCUCGCCGUACGGGACCUACGGGCCGCUGCCGCCGUCGCCCAGGGGACUUCGCCAGUGGCCCCGCCGUGCGCCACAGCUCGGAGGGUCCUGCAGCCGCCCAGAGCCUCGGCGACCCGUCCCCAGCACCCCGACGCCCACCCGCGCUGGGCUUCCGCUGCAGGAGGCGGCCCGGCCCGGCCCCCAGCCCGGUGGAGAUACAAUAGCAGAACACUAACAAAUUUGGAGAAUGGAGGGAAGAUGUGAUGUGUAUAACAAAGAAGAUUACAGAUGGUGUAAACUUCCACAUUUUAAAAUAUAGGAAAGGAAAAAGCAAGCCCAGUUACUCCUCCUUUGCAUCUGAGAAAAAAGCAGUUUCCUUCUUUCCUGUCUUUUAUCUCACUCCCAUGCAGGGUUUCCAACAAUCCCUUAUUACAAGGGACGUCCCUUAUUUUUUUUAAUCUCUGUGCAACAAGAUUGGAAGUUGGUGAGUGCUGCAAAAAGCAGCAAGAAAUUACUCCUGGCCAAUGUAGUCUUCCAUUCAGAAUGUGAACUUCGUCACUGUAAUUCAGUGUCUUCUGUGAUCCAAGAACCUCUUAAUGCCACCCGGCAAGGAAAUAUAGAGGAGGACAGUAUCUCCUGAUUCAGGUAUGUACAUUCUGGUUCACCAAAUAAUAUCAUGUGAGGUCUCAAAUAAAAGCCGGAGUCACACUGGCUAUUUAUAUCAUCAUGAAAUAUAUGUACAGAUACUUUUGCAUAUAUACUGAAAAUAUAUUCUUACAGUCUGUAUCAAGGUGUCAGUCACCAGCAGAGGUAAAAAAAACCAGGUUUCUUGUCAGACAAGAGAUGUUAAUUCACCUGUCUCUCUAUUAGCUUACAAUGAUUAGUUUACAUACUAACACAGUGGAUGCCCUUUUACAUACAGAGUCAAAUGCUAACCAAGAGACGUGAAAUAAGCAGGAAAUAGCACAAAGGAAAAAACAAACCACAGCGGGUUAUCCUGUCUAAGAGUAAAGACAAUGAACUUUGGAGUUCUAUCUAAGGGGCAAACAGACACCACUUUAUCCUGUACUUAGGAAGUAAACUGACAUCACAUUUACACUGAUGAAAACAGGACCGUAGAAAACUCUGCAGAGGUGAGUCUUCGAGUGAGAUAAACUUCUUUGGACAGGAGGUUAACCUGUUAGUUAAGUUUAGUCUCUAGAAAGUGUAUUAUGAUUUUGAUUCAUAUAUAACCAUUUGUUUCCAGUAUUUUUACUUGCUGUCCCUUUCAUCUUCAAUCUUUGAUAAUAAAUGUAUUCUUGUUUUCACUGUAAACAUUUAUAAGAGCUGAGAUGUUAAGCAUAGUAUUGAUCCUGAGUCUAAUCUUACAAGCUGAUGAAAUUGAGUAAAGACAAGUGCAAAGUACUCAUUUAGGAAGGAAAAAUCUAAUGUGCAACUACAAAAUGAGUAACAAAUGGCCAGGGUCUGGGGAUUAUAGUGGAUCACAAACUGAAUAUGAGCCAACAAUAUGAUGCAAUUGCAAAAAAAGAUAAAUAUUCUGGGAUAUACUAACAGGUGUGUAUGACGUGUGUAAGACAUGGGAGAUAAUUGUUCUACUCUACUCACCUUGGCACUGGCCUGUGGCAUCUCAGCCGGAGUAUUUUGUUUAGUUUUGGACACCACACUUUAUGAAAGAUGUGGACAAAUUGGAGAGAGAGAUUAGAGGAGAGCAACAAAAAUAAAAGAUUUAGAAAACCUGACCUAUGAGGAGAGGUUGAAAGAACUGGUUAUAGUUAGUCUAGAGAAGAAAAGACUAUGGGGCGACAUAACAGAUUUCAAAUAUGUAAACAGUUGUUUUAAACAGAAUGGUUGUCGAUUGUUUUCCAUGUUCAGUGAGAGUAGGACACAAAGUAAUCAGCUAAGUUUGCAGCAAGAGAAAUUCAGGUUAGAUAUUAGGAAUAAUUUUUCUAAUUGUAAGUAUAGUUAAGUACAGGAAUAGGAUGCCAAGGGAGGUUGUAGAGUCCCUGUCGCUGGAAGUUUUUAGGAACAGGUUGGACAAACUCUUGUCAGGGAUGGUGUAAGUGUACUUGGUUCUGCUUCAGUUCUGAGGGGAAUGGACUCGAUAAUCUCUUGAGAACCCUUACAGCCCUACAUUUCUAUGACUUAUAGCUUGCAUUUUGCUUUGUAUUGUACAUUUUAUUUUGUUGAUUAUUUAAAAUUAAGUUAGUAUGGAACUGUUAAAAUUACAGAUUAUAAUAAACCAUAACUUUAAAUCAGAACUAUUGCAAAGUUUGGACAGUUAAUAUUUACAUCAUGGGUCUGAAACCACUCCAGCUGCUUAGAUUUCAUGUUGCAUCUAAAACUGGAAGGGUCUAUUUUUCCAGUUCAGAUUUCAGUCAGACCAAAAACUUGUGAUUUUCAAUCUUUAAGAUGGCUGAAAUCUCACAUCAUCAGUCGACUACCUAUACUUUCAGCUAAAAUCUUGUGAAAACAUCUUGAGAUGAGCAUGAUUUGCAUCAGACUCCAAAGAGUGAGCAUAACAUACAUUAGUAUGGAAGGGAUAUAAGAUGAUAGGAGCUACAUCAGUAAGAUCACACAGUUAAUGGAUGAACAUAAAGAAGAGUAUAAAUGCAAAAAAGUUGAACCAUUCCUGGACUGACCCCAAUAUAUUGGUAUUUGUACAAAGUAUUUAGAAACUUGUACUUGUCAACUUGCCAAACUGGUUUUUGCUGCACAUCUGAUAGGAUGAACAAACCAAAAAGAGGCUUUUUGUUGUAUUGGAACAAUAGCAACUGCUGCCUGGUUUAAAGUAAACUUAAGACUGCAUGCAUUUGCCUGACGAAAUGAAAGAAGUGGCAUUCUGGUCACCCAAAGAGGUGGCAAAUUGGCUGAUGGAGAAUGCUGUGCCAGAAUACUGUGAACCAUUGGAAUUUUACACUGGGCAGGAUUUGAUCAAUCUAACUAAGGAGGAUUUUAAGAAGCCACCUUUGUCACGUGUGUCUUCUGACAGUGGGCAGAGGUUGUUGUACAUGAUAGAAACUUUAAAAAUGGAGCACCACAUUGAGGCGCACAAAAAUGGGCAUGCCAAUGGGCACCUCAGCAUCAGUACAGAUGUCACCACGAGUGAAAAUGAUUUCAGCACUAAAAUCAAAAUGAAUGGGAUGCCAAAUGGAUAUAGGAAGGAGAUGAUAAAGAUCCCCAUGCCAGAGCCAGAGCGUUCCCAAUAUCCUAUGGAGUGGGGGAAGACUUUCCUGGCUUUUCUUUAUGCACUUUUCUGUUUCAUCUUUACAACAGUGACAAUCUCAGUCGUUCAUGAACGAGUGCUUCCCAAGGAGGUGCAGCCUCCCCUACCAGAUGCAUUUUUUGACCGUUUUAACCGUGUGCAAUGGGCCUUUUCUAUUUGUGAAAUUAAUGGCAUGAUCCUUGUAGGACUCUGGUUAAUUCAGUGGCUGCUCUUAAAAUACAAGUCUAUUAUUAGCAGAAGAUUUUUCUGUAUAGUUGGCACACUGUACCUAUAUCGGUGUAUUACGAUGUAUGUAACUACAUUGCCAGUACCCGGUAUGCAUUUCAACUGUUCUCCAAAGCUUUUUGGAGAUUGGGAGUCUCACCUGAGGAGGAUAAUGAAAUUGCUUGCUGGAGGGGGGUUAUCUAUCACAGGAUCCCACAACAUGUGUGGUGACUAUCUGUACAGCGGCCACACAGUCAUGUUAACACUUACGUAUUUAUUUAUCAAAGAGUAUUCACCUCGGCGACUUUGGUGGUAUCAUUGGAUUUGUUGGGCUCUUAGCAUAGUUGGGAUGUUCUGUAUUCUCUUGGCUCAUGACCACUACACUGUGGAUGUGGUGGUGGCUUACUACAUCACUACAAGACUUUUCUGGUGGUAUCACACAAUGGCCAAUCAGCAAGUGCUAAAAGAAGCUUCCCAAACUAACCUCCUUGCACGGGUGUGGUGGUACAGGCCCUUCCAGUACUUUGAAAAGAACGUUCAAGGAAUUGUACCUCGUUCUUACCACUGGCCCUUCUCCUGGCCAGUGCUGCAUCUCGGUAGGCAAGCUAAAUAUGGCAGAUUGGUGAAUGACACAUAACAGCUGUAAAAAGUGGGGGGAAAGGAACUGUCCAAAGUGCUCAGAACUCCAUGAGCGAAGAUGCCAUAAAAAAGUGAACUGCUCCCUAAUCUUUUAUCUUUUAACCAUUAGCUUCAGCUAACCUGUUCAGUUACCUGGAAAGCACUGUGAUCUUUUUUUUCCUCUCCAAAGGAUCUGCGUUGGACAACAAUAAAGAAAAUUUAACUUAUCAUGCACUGUAUACAUUUCUUGUUAAUAGAUUUGGGAUUUACAUUACCCAUCACCAUGUUCCUUUGUAUAUGAUGCAACAGCAUAAAUGAAAACUUUUAUAUCAUAGGUUCUGGUCUUUCCAGUCACAUCUGGGAAUAAAACAUAUUAUUUUCUUGGGAAAACAUACUUUUCAUAUCUCUUGCCCCAAAGAUUGGGCUGUAAGCCAUUUUCUAGCAAAUGUCUAUAUGAAGGUUUCUAAAUACCUGACUGGGGAAAAAUUAAAACUCUUUCUACCUGUUACACCAUUUCAAAUAAAAUGAUAAGACACAGAAAGGUUUAGUAACUUUUCAUUUUGUAAAAUCUGCAGUGACAGUGUCAAAAAGUGCAAAAAAUAAUAUUCUGUUGUAAAGUGAUUUUCUAAGUAUUUCCUAACUUUAUUUUUCAAAAUAUGUAUGAAAACUAAAUUUAAAAAGAUUUUUACAUGUCAGAGAAAAGAGAGUUAAAAUAAAAAAAAUGUUUCUUGGAAGAGAGAGAUUUGUCUGUUUCUAGUGCCUUUCUUGUCUUGAUUGUAUGGUCAGUAGGCAGUCUUAGAUGUUCUUAUUUAAAAUAAAAUAUUCCAUGAAAACAAUUAUAUGUACUGUAUACAUUAAUAAAUUUUACAUUUAUAACUAAAUUAAACUGGAAAUUUACUUAAAAUGUUGAAAUUGCUAUUAGUAGGGAAAAACCAAAUCAAAGGCUCAGAUCUUGUUCACACAUUGUGGGCAGGUCAUAGUAAAAUGUAAGAUUUAAAUUAUCUUAUAUAUAUUAUAUUAUGAUUUUAUUAUCUACUCAGUAGCUGGAUUUUAACUGUCAAGACAACAGCCAUGGAUUCCCUUUUUCAGGAGUUUUAUAGCUGAUCACUGACUUCAAAUUGAAUAGUUUCUCCAUCCUUUAAUGAAAAUGUUGUUGAAAAACAACAACAAAAAUCUAUUUCUUUAAAAUAUAUUUGUGCAGAAGCUGCAUGUACCUCUAAGUUUCACUCCUACCAUACAUACUGUAUGUUUGGGGAAGUAUUCUCUGAUAUCCUUGCCAAUGUGCAGAACAAAAUAGAUUUUUAAGAAUGAAGAAGAUAUCCGUUCUGUAUUUUAUGUGAAGCAGAGUUAUCUUCUAUAGGGUUUUUGUGUAUUCACAAGGUGAUAUUUGUAUUGUAAAACAAUAAUGGUGAAGGAAAAUAAAGAGACUUUUAAAAAAUGUA